CGCGUGAGGCGUUUGCUGGCUGCGGGUCUUAAAGGGACACGGGGACGCGAGAAGGCAAGUGUCUCGCGAAGAGGACGACCCACAAUUCGAGUCGUAGAGCCAACGUGACGCGGAGACCAUGUAUUCGCGCACGCCGUCCCCGCUGACACCUGAGGCGCAGCGGCUGGGGACGAGGGAGUACAUCCGCGCGUUCGAUACUGACACGCGGGUGGACGACUCGGCGGAGUUCCUCGAGUGCUACUCCCUCGAGCGCGGCCACACCAACGCCAAGAUCACCGUGCUCUCCGCGGGGCGACACGGCGGCGCUCCAGACUGCUACGAGGAGUGUGAGCUGGACGGGAGUUACUCGGAGUUCGUGGAGACCCAGUGGGCCAAGGGCAGCGUCAGCGAGGUGGAGCCCAUCAGCGACAGCAUCCACGGCAGCGAGAGGGAAGUCAGUCAUGACAUCGGAAGCGAUACGGAAAGCGUCGUCGUCAGCGCCCCCUUGCACGGGCCGACGACGGUCAGGUGCGUGUGCGUCUGCAACAAGAAGGGCUGUGAGUAUGUGAACAAGCCGUACGAUUUGCACAGCAUACGAGAGUCGCCCGCGGGCAAGAUGUCUCGUCGGUACCGCCUCGUUACCUGGCUGAGGUCCUUCAUCCCGCCGACGGCUCAGAGCCCGACGAUAGACACGGUGGACGUCGGCUCGAGGGUGUACCCGGAGAAGAAGUCCAAGAUCGUGCGGCUGUUCAGAAGUCAGAGAUUUCGGAGGAGCCGCGUGAGGGCGCCUGAGGGCGAGGUCGCGCCCAACACGGUGGAGGGCCUCGGCAAGUCCCUCACGAGCCUCAACGUGGUGAAGAAGUCCGUCUUCCCCGGCGAGAUGAGGAGACUCAAGGCGUGCGACGUCUCCAUCCCGAGAUCUAUCGGGGUCAUGAUCGGGGUCACGCUCAUCCUCCUGGGCGUGACCUAUGACCACGGGGUAAAGCACGGCGUCGACAACCUCCUGCAGGAGUGUUGGUCGUGGCUCAGGACUAGUUACAUGAACUUCGGGGACGAAUUUGUCUCGUAUAAUAGCUUAUUCUUUAGAAUAACUAACUCAGAGGUUUUAGGAGAACCAUAUCCAAGGUACGGACUCAAUGGUACUAAAAAAGAGAGUUCCAAUACCACAAAAUUCCAAGAAGCCAUCAACAAAGUGGACCCCAAGUUCUUGUUCAUCUUAGAAGGUUUAAGAUUAUCCGUCCAGUUAUUCUUCUUCAGUAUAAACGACAAAGCCGAGUUAACCAGCAAGGAAGUCGUCGUCCACGAAAAAGGUCCGCUCUUCUUCCGGAUAUCCUUCAAGAGAACGGCGGGGCUGCAGGUGGACUACGUGCCCGAGAGGUCCUCCAUGACGCUCUCGACGCCCUUCCACGUGUAUGACCUGAUGAAGAUGAUAAUCACUAGCAAUGGUCUUCCAUACUUCGGCAUGCACAUGAACGACUUCCACAAGACGAAUCCGUCUGCGCUGCUAACGAUGAUCAUCAACAACCUCAAGAAGUUCAACGUCGACACCACCUUCUUGUCGAGUAUCCAGGCCCAGAUCUCCAAGGGCAGGGUCAAGCGAUCGCCGGAGGACCCCGACACGCCAGACGCCAGCACGGCCGCACCCACCACGGUGCGGGACCCAGAAACGACCGAGAAGGCAAGCACGCACAACACCUCGAUUCCCUUCACGCUGGACAUGCCCACUCCGUCGAAGCUGAGGCGCAGGGGCACGGAGGGACCCAGCACCGCCGGUAGCAGCGUUGCCCUGAUCACGACGCCGAGGGCCAGCCGGCUCAGAAGGUCCACCGCGGAGCCCAAGCAGAGCAAGAGCGCUUGGAGGUCCAUUGCAGAGAUCUCGAGCAAGAUAUUCCUGCCGCUUCCUCUGGACACGAAGAAGACGGUGCUGCUGCCGGUGCCCUUCAUCGAGAAGAACUUGACGCUCCGCUACCGCCACUCCGUCGACAUGCUGGGGCUCCCGGGGUACCAGUUCGUGCUGGGCAACGCCAUCGGCAGCGGGGGGGACUCGUCCUCGCGCUCCGAGCUGUACCCCUCCCUCAGCUACUCGAGGGUCAAGGACGGAGAGCGGACGGAGUCUCCCUCAAACACGCACCUUCCGCGACACAGGAACAAUGACAGAAGAAAGCACCUGCACAGACACUCCAAGCACCAAAACUUCCUCGACAAUGACAUGUUCAGAAACAGUUACAAUGAGGUUCUGGGUGUCGUGGACCUCGAGCCACUCCUCCUCGAGACCAUCGGGAGGCUGCUACUCAUCGGGCGCUACGUGGAGCGCUACCCCUUCUGGCUGUCGGCGCCCCAUUUCCUGUCCCUGACGGACCACAUCGGCAGCGCCAACGGGACGGCGUCCGACAAGGGCACCAAGGUGAAGGUGCUGCCGCAGACCAGCUCGCAGCUCAGCCCCACCAACUCCAACCUCCUGCUGGGGGUGAACGGCAUCUCCGCCAACGAGUCUCUCCACGGCUCCUUCAUCUACUACCACCCCAUCCUGGGCGUUCCCAUCAAUGCCUCUCUCGCCGUCCAACUAGGUAUCCGCCCACCGGAGGGGAUGCUCCACGCCCACAAGCUGGUCCCUAUCAUGUGGGCGAGAAUACAGGUCGAGGAGAUUCCCCUGAGCCUCUGGUAUAUCCUGUGGGCGGCGUGCCACCUGCGGGAGACCAUCAUGGCCUGCUUCAUCAUCACGGGCCUCCUCGUCAUCAGCUGCUCCCUCACCUGCGGCAAAAAGAAGAGGGGAGAGGACCAAGAAAAACCUCUGGAAGAACGUCCAAACAGUGCCUAGAUGUUCUCGCGGGGAAAAUGGACGCCUCCGUCUGAAAGGACGCCAAAAGCGGUCUCAGGACCCGACAGACAGACGAGAAGGAGGAAGUGAAAAAUGUGUAUAUCUGUAUCAUAAAAGAGAUUUUAAUCCUAUUUUGGAUAACGAUGGAGAACGUGAGCCUCAUCCUCGCCCUCCUAAUCGAUUAAGGAUGUGUUGAGGGCGAGACAAGGGGCGUGUACCAUGGUAUAUAAAAGUCUUCCUGGAGAUGAAAAAAAAAAAAAAUAAAAGUGUUAAUAUCGGACACUUCAUUUCUUUUAUUUAUUAUAAUUCAAGCAACACGAGUGUCACGCACAGAUACGCUCACUCAGGCUAGAGCGUUUGGGAAUAAAAAAGAAAACAAGAAAAGAAUAUUAAAAGAAAGAGUGAUAGCCUAAAAAAAAAAAAAAUCUCACGUUGUAAAAUAGAAAACGAGAUAAAAUGAUGACGUAACAUGCAUAUCAAGACAUCCCCUCGGCCACUUAGAGACAUCUCCAUUGUCUCUUCUAAUCCCGACGUCGACGCAACAGGAGUUAGAGGCCCCGACAUCAUGCUCCUUGAAAAUGGUGAGUGAGUGUGAAUGCGAGUGAGUGUGAGUGCGAGUGUGAGUCGUUGUCCCUGCCGAUAUACUGUUAUGGGGGAUUACUAUCACACUUUUUGUCUCUCCCUUUAGAUUUAAGUAAGUUAUUCUUUUGUGUGUUAUAAAAAGGUCUAACUCAUUUUUAGCAGAAGGGGUCUUUGACUCCAUUGAUGUAUAUGCA